AUGUCUAACCUUCUAUAUCUAAUUCUAUUUUCUAGUGCUAUGGGCAUAUUAUCCGUUGAUAAAUUUGAUCAGUUACCAUGGUUUUUUGGUUUUAUGCGACGACAUUUUAUUCCAGCAAGUAUUUGUAUCAAUAGUACAACACAAGCAGGAUAUCUUGCUAAAAUGAAUAUUCUUAUCAAUAGAUUUCAAAAAAAUUCAACGUAUAAUGCGGUAUUAGAAAUUGAAUCACCAAUUUUUGUCUCCUAUGUUAAAGAUCCUAGUAAUCAAGCAUUACUGUAUAGUAAUUGCAUGGCAUUUGUUGACGGGGUCAAAACAGCAAAAUUAGCAGACAAAGCAGCCGCAUUAGCAAGAAAAAAAAUUGCUCGAGAAAUUCAUCUACGAUUUCGACACGUUUCAACUGAUUUAACAGCUAAUGAAGGACCUAAUGAAUUGGAUAGUAAUGAAAAACUUGGGCAUCAUUGA